GGAGACCAAGGUUGAUGCCCCUGCUCCCCUAACUUAAAAAAAUCAAACUGCAAUCCCUCCUGAUCUUUCCUACCACCAUCAUCACACACAACCCAACAACAAUCCCUCUGCACAUAUAUAUAUAAACAUCAAUUCCUCUCCCCCUUCCCUGCUCCCUUCAUCAAACCCACCCAUUCCAAGCCAUACAAGAACUUCAACCAAAUUCUCUUUCUGAAACUCCAUGACUAUCUUCACUCUGCACCAAAUCUCACCAUGGUCCUUCUUCCUCUUCCUCUGCCUCCUCUUCCCAACCUCCGAACCAUCUACUCCCAAACCCAUAUUUCUUCCUCUACAGACCAUGAAAAUCCCUUCUAUGAACCUCCCUAAGCCCACAAGCAAGCUCCUAUUUCGCUACAAUUACAGUCUGGUAGUUCCCCUCAAGGUAGGCACACCCCCACAAGAAAUCGCCAUGGUGGUGGACACAGGAAGCGAGCUCUCAUAUCUCGAAUGUCUUCCCUCUCAGAGCAACCUCACCAUCUUCAACCCCAACUCUUCUUCCUCCUACUACGCUGUCCCCUGCGAUUCAGACACCUGCAAGAACAAAUCCAGAGACCUCCCGUCCCCAACUAUCUGCGACUCCAACAAGCUCUGCCACUUCGCUCAGUCUUACGCCGACGGCUCCACCUGCGAAGGCAACGUCGCCACCGAUACCGUCUCCCUCGGCGGCCUCACCGUCCCGAACCUCGUAUUUGGCUGCGCCACCUCGAGCUACAGCAGCACCAAGGACGAUGGGAGGACCACCACGGGGAUCAUGGGCAUGAACCGCGGCUCCCUCUCCUUCAUCUCCCAGAUGGGCUUCCGCCGCUUCUCCUACUGCAUCUCCGAUCGCUCCUCUUCCGGCGUGCUCGUCAUCGGGGACUCCGACCCGGUCUUCGUCCGCGCCCUGAACUACACCCCUUUGGUCGACAUUUCCCUGCCGUUGCCGUACUUCGACCGGGUGGCCUACUCGGUCCAGCUGAUCGGAAUCCGUGUCGCCGGGAAAGUUUUGCCGCUGCCCAAGUCGGUUUUCGUGCCGGACCACACCGGAGCCGGUCAGACCAUGGUGGACUCCGGCACUCAAUUCACCCUGCUGCUUGGCCCCGUCUACACCGCGUUGAAAAACGAGUAUCUGCAGCAGACGAAGGGGUUGUUGAAGGUGUACGAGGACUCCAGCUACGUGUUUCAGGGGGCCUUUGACCUUUGUUACAGGUCGGAAGAUGGGGCGAUCCCGUCUCUGCCGCCGGUGGUGCUCAUGUUCAGAGGGGCGGAGAUGGUGGUUUCCGGCGAGAGGCUGCUGUACAGGGUACCGGAGUUGGCGGGGGUCUCCUGCUUCACGUUCGGGAACUCGGACCUGGUGCCGGUGGAGGCGUACAUCAUAGGGCACCACCACCAGCAGAACAUGUGGGUCGAGUAUGACUUGGAGAGGUCUAGGCUCGGGUUUGGCCCGGCCAGGUGCGACCUGGCUGGCCAGAGGUUGGCUCAAGGGCUAGGGGUUUAGAUGGGCUUAACUUUUUCUCUUUCACUCUCCUUUUCUUCUUUUUUUACUUUGUUUGUUUAUAUGUCUUAUUUUGGGGGUUUCUAACAAAAUAGUUUGUAUAUUGAUAUUUUGUAAUUAAUAUAAUAGGCGAUGAUAUAUA